GCGUAUUGUUUAAGGUGUAUUGCUAUUAUUUUAUUUUAGUUUAAUUUCAAAGUUAUCUUUAUGCGGCAGCAUGUUUAGAACAUUAGUUUUCAUUGCGUUCGCGAUCGCUUUUCAGUUACCUGCCAGUCACGGUCAACACCACUAUGAUGAGCAUAAAACAAGCAAUAUUAUAUGGUGCACCAAAAGUCACGAGGAGCAAUACAAAUGCCAAAACCUAACCAUAGCCAUUGAAAGGGACCGCGCACUCUUUGAUGAUGCAUUUCUGAACCUUACAUGCUUUAUGGCAUAUAGCGCGGACGAAUGCAUUCAUCACAUAGAUCGGGAGAAAGCGCACAUUACCACACUGGACGCUGGCGAUGUUUUCACUGCGGGUCGUUACAACUCGCUCAUUCCGAUUAUGCAUGAGAAAUUUGAAGGAGGAUUUACCGAAUAUCAGUCUGUAGCAGUCAUUAAAAAAGGCACACUGCCUGAUUUGACUGGCCUGCGGGACCUUCGUAACAAGCGUGCCUGCUUUCCAUGGGUAGGCAGUCUGGCAGGCUGGAUAGUGCCCAUACAUACGUUACAACAAGAUGGAGGCAUGGAAGUUGUAGACUGCAAUAAUCAGGUUAAGACUGCAGCCAAUUAUUUUAACAACUCUUGCGCCGUGUACUCAUUGACUGACAAAUACAAUCCCAUUGGCGAUAAUUCUGACAAACUCUGUACGCUGUGCACUGGCAAAAUUCCCGGUGGGCGUUGCUCGGCUGCUGAUCCCUAUUUUGGAUACGAUGGUGCAUUCCGUUGCCUUCUCGAAGCUGGUGAUGUUGCCUUUUUACGGCACUCGACCGUGUCCGAAAUGUUGCAGAGCACAGAAUUCAAAAACUUAUCGCCCGACACAUUCGAAUUGCUGUGCCGUGAUGGUCGUCGUGUACCCGUAAGUGAAUUCCGGCAAUGCAGUUGGGGCCAAGUGCCCUCCGAUGCAGUCGUCACGUCGUCAGCACGCACCUUCGAGGAGCGAAAGAAGUUCCAACAAUUUCUGAAACGCAUCGCGGAGUUGUAUUCAGACGGUCUACGUGAGAACCCCAACAGUCAACAGCAAACUGGCUUUAGCAACUACGACCGCAAUUCUUAUAAUGAUCAAGGCCGCAACAACGCCUACGACCCAUACAAUAAUCCAUACGACGGCAGCAACACUUUCAAUAGAUCCCAAAAUCAAUACGAUCAAAAGUUUUACGAUAGCUUUGGCAACACGAAUUACCGCAGCGAUCGUCUUGACAGCAGUUUCACGACCGAGCGAAGUGUGCUCGACGGUAGCAACACUUCAAUCCCAUACGAAAAGUUUCGCAUAUUCGAUUCCAAGAGAUACGGCAAAUCGAAUUUACUUUUCCAGGAUGGAGCCAGAGCUCUAACUCCUAUUGCAGAAGAUGAUCAGUCCUUCAGCAAAUAUUUGCAUAACUCACUUAAAUAUAUUUACGGUAUCCGUGAAUGUCCGGUUCCCGCAAUGACAUUGUGCGUGACUUCAGAGCCAGAACUGGAGAAAUGCAUAAAAAUGAGGACCGCAUUAAAGGCUCAGAUUUUAAAGCCAGAGCUCAUCUGCAAGAAGAUGCACUCACACAUAAACUGUAUGCAACUAAUUCAAUCUGGCAAAGCUGAUGUUGCAGUAUUUGAUGCUGGCGAUGUGUACACAGGUGGACUGAACUAUGACCUAGUUCCUUUCAUGUCAGAAGUGUACAAUUUGGGAGAACCCGAAUACUAUGUAGUGGCAGUAGCCAAGGAAGAAGAUCCUGAUACUGAACUCACCUAUCUCAAGGGCAAGUACACCUGCCACACGGGCAUUAAUAUGGCUGCUGGCUGGACCUAUCCGAUGGCAUUUCUCAUCUCGAACGGCUGGAUCAGACCCUAUGGCUGUGACUCUGUUCGCGCUGCCGCCGAAUAUUUCACCAAGUCGUGCGUACCGGGGGCUAUCAGCAGCGAAUAUAACACUGGUGUGCCCUACGACAGUAUGUGCGAUCUGUGCCAUGGAACCAGCUAUCGUUAUUGUCGGCGAGACGCGUCCGAAGAUUAUUAUGGACAUACAGGUGCCUUCCGAUGCCUUGUCGAGGGCGGUGGUCAUGUAGCCUUUAUGAAGCACACCACGGUCAUGGAAAGUACUGGCGGUAAGCGAAAGGAGUGGUGGGCUCGUAACGCUCUGAACGACGACUUUGAGCUUCUCUGCACCGAUGGCACUCGUGCCGAACUGUACGACUAUAAACGUUGCAAUUUGGGAAAAGUGAAAGCCAAUGCAAUUGUAACGCGUGGUGGUAUCAAUUACAAUGAGACCCAAUUGAAUGCGUACAUCAACUUGCUCACGUACGCUCAACAGCUGUAUGGCCGCAAGGACGUAGACGCGUUCAGCUUCAGUAUGUUUUCAUCACCUAUGGGACACUAUGACCUUAUCUUUCAGGACGCGACAAGACAAUUGCAGGUCAUACCACCGAACCAACGACGCUACGAUAUUUACCUAGGCAAUAACUACAUGCGAGCACGUCGCAUUACGGAUUGCUACGCUGGUGCCAGUCAGAUGGUGAUUUCUGUUAUGUUGCUGCUAGUAAGUUCAAUAUCCAUAGUGUCCCUACUGUAAAUAAAUGUGGGGACCACGGUAGAACUAAACAAGGUACGGAUUGGUGUGCACAAAUACGCUAUUUGGCGAUUUCAUAGAAGAUGGAAUGACUAAAAUCACUGAACGGUAAUAUCUUGUUUACUUCUGUCAUGAAUUGAGCGCAUUAUUUAAACAUUCCAGAUAGGGUGGUACCAUCACCUUAUUUAUCUUAAGUAAGACUCAAAAUUUAUAUACUUGAAUCUCCAGCACAAAUGACAUACAUAUCUUCUAUUAUACGUUCCGUCUUACACUCAACUCGUACGAUAGGGUUAAUAAUUUAGUUAAUAGUUAAGACCCACACUACAAAUACGGGUCAUUACCGAGUGCCUUUAAUGUAAUGGCGUAGACGCCAAUCCCUUUUGAUAUACAUAUAUACAUACAUGCAUAUGUAUGUAAAUUUACACGUAAAGACCGUCCAUAAAUCAUGUAAGUCAAUAUUUUCGACCCUCUGUCCUGAUUAAACCUAUGAAUUCCGUCCAAAAUAUUAUUUAAGAUUAAUGUUGUAUCAACUUUGUUCAUAUUUUUUACACAAUAUAUACAUUUGUAUGA